AUGGAAGCUUAUUAUGAUGUUGUUGAGAAUAACAAAGAUAUUGAUGAAACUGAGAGCGAUGAUGAUGAUGAUGAUGAUGAUGAAUCUCAGCAUGAAUUUGUUCAAGAACACUUCAAGAGAAAGAAGACUAACACAGUUAAUGGGAGAAAUGGGAAUCCCAGUUUCAAGAUUCGAAUUCAAGAAUCAUAUGUUGGGUCAAGUUGCGUGGCAAUACCAGCAACGUUUGCAAGGAAGCAUUUGGAGGAAGGACCGAUUCGUAUGAAUGUGGGUAACAGAACUUGGACUGUGUGCUACAAAACUUGGAGAGGAAGUGACAGAUAUCGCAAACACAAAUUGCAAAGUGGGUGGCUCAGAUUUAGAAGAGAGAACAAUUUAGAGGUUGGUGAUGUGUGUGUCUUUGAGUUAAUUAGCAAAUUUCCUCAAACAAUGACCAUGAGAUUGCAGAGUGGAUGAUCUUGUUAUUUACGGAUUUAUCCUUUUCUUGUUAUGUAUGUGGUGCUUGUGUGUGUGGUGGCUUUAGUGAUGGUUUAGUUUGUAACUUGACAAUUCAAUCAAGUGGAUAAUUCUAGUUUUCUUUAGUUAUUAAAAAAAUUGUCUAGCUAACUACUCAAAUUUCUGUAUUUUGUUGAUUGUGUUUGUGUGU